AUGUUAAGAAACUAUAUUUCAUACAUGGGAGACAAAACACAAGAAGGCUGCUUAAUACAAUUAAAUGUUGCAAAUAAUUGGAUCAGAAACUCAAUAAUCCAUUUAUUACUUGAGCUAUUAAAGAAUAUAUGGUGGCAAAUUAAGGCUGAAGGUUAUUAUGCAGGGGAGAAGCACUCAACAGUUUUGAUCACUACGCCGCACAAGUACUUUUUUUCAACAAGACGUAAGCUUAUGAAUACCACCUUUAUGAACCGCAAUAACUUCCACUUCAUUUACAAUUGUCUAGUGCCAUGA